GGUCACAUGACAGGGGAAGGGAGCUUUGGGCGUGGCCGACUCGCGCGUCUGUGGCAACCGGCGGUAGGCGGGGCGGACAGGACUCGAGUUGCCGGUGGGAUACCGGGGAGGAGGCUGUGCGGACGCUGCGGGAGAGAUGGAUGAGUUUCAGACGGCGGAGGAGUCCUCUUUUGUUGUAGAUGAAGUAAGCAACAUCAUUAAAGAGUCUAUCGAAAGUGCCAUUGGUGGCAAUGCUUAUCAACACAGUAAAGUUAACCAGUGGACUACAAAUGUAGUGGAGCAAACACUGAGCCAACUUACAAAGCUUGGCAAGCCAUUCAAGUACAUUGUUACGUGUGUGAUCAUGCAAAAGAAUGGUGCUGGUCUUCAUACUGCAAGCUCCUGUUUUUGGGAUAAUGCAACAGAUGGGAGCUGCACUGUGAGAUGGGAGAACAAGACUAUGUACUGUAUAGUCAGUGCCUUUGGACUUGCAAUAUGACCUUUCCCCCUAUGUCGUGUCAUUUUACCUUAUCAGAUUUGAACACUUUGAAAUUCCUUGAGUUUAACUUUUUUGUGUUUCAGUUUGUCACCGUUUCCACUAAUCCCUUUAUGUGAAUUUAUUAUUUUUUUUGUCCUUCUCAGUUAUUGAACCUACAUGUGAUUUAAGGUGCUACAAUCUGAAAGUGCCACUAUAAAACUUGCUUUAAUUAAUGCAUUUAAUACACUGUCACAUUUCAUAUUUUAGCUAGUACAAAAUAAAUUAUUGUUUCAAAUA